AUGAAAGCAUAUGACUAUUUUAUCAAAGCAAAGCAAAAUGUAAAUAAAUUUUUAUUUUGGUAUAAAACAUCCAGUAUAGGGCAUCGGAAUUUUGUAUGGUUAUUUGUUGGGUGUGUUUGUGGAUAUAUAUAUGGAAAAAUUGAAUAUAAUAAUAAAAAAAAAGGAAAAGGAAUAUAUGGAGACUUAAUAUGUGUAGAUGAAUAUAUAAUUAACAAAAAAAAUAUAAUGAAUUUUGAAAAAAAUUAUAAUAAAUUAAAUAUUUAUGCAUUUAAAAAUAGAGGAUAUGAACAUACUAAACUAUUUAAGGCUAUAAAUUGGGAAAAUUCUCCUUUAAGUUAUUUACAAUUACGAUUAUGGAGAGACAAACAAAGUUAUGAUAAUUAUUUAAAAAAUAAACAAAUAAAUGAAUUAUUAGAUAAUGUAAAAAAAGAAUGUAAUUCUUAUACAAGUAGCAUUUACGAAACAAUUGUUGAUGACUCUAUAGUUCGAAUUAUACAAUAA